AUGCAGAAAGUAGACUGGAGAAAUGAAACCAUUAUUACAGAAUUCGUCCUUCUAGGGUUUGGAGAGCACCAGGAGCCUCAGGUCCUUCUCUUUGGGUUGUUUCUCAUUAUCUAUAUCAUGACUAUGGCUGGGAACCUCCUCAUUAUUGCACUAGUUGUGACCGAUCAGCACCUACACACUCCAAUGUAUUUCUUCCUGGGCAAUCUAUCAUUCUUGGAAACCUGCUACAGCUCAACCAUCAUCCCCAGAAUGUUAGCCAGUUUUGUGACUGACAAACAAAGUGUUUCUGUUCAUGGCUGCAUUGUGCAAUUGUGCACUUUUGGUUUCCUAGGAGCAACAGAAUGCUAUCUGCUGGCAGCAAUGUCUUACGAUCGCUAUGUGGCAAUAUGCAACCCCCUGCAUUACUCAAUUCUUAUGAAUGUCAAGGUUUGUCUCCAACUGGUGGCUGGAUCAUGGCUUAGUAGUUUUGUGCUAGACAUUACAUUGCUAUGUUUUAUUUUGCAGUUAACCUUCUGUGGCCACAAUGUCAUUGAUCAUUUCUUUUGUGACUUCAUUCCGAUGAUCAAACUGGCCUGCAGUGGUGGGCGUCAAGUCCAACUCAUAUCUGCUAGUUUUACCUCCCUCUGCACCUUGCCACCAUUCAUUUUAACCAUAACAUCAUAUGGAUACAUCAUCACUGCCAUUCUCAGAAUCCCAUCAGCCGCAGGGAGGCAGAAGGCCUUCUCUACCUGCUCGUCUCAUCUCAUUGUGGUGACUAUUUUCUAUGGAACCCUCAUCAUUGUGUACCUUUUGCCGGAUACCAAUGAACUGAGAGAGAUGAAUAAGGUGUUCUCUGUAUUUUAUACCAUCCUGACACCUCUAAUCAAUCCCUUCAUAUACAGUCUGAGAAACAAACAAGUGAAGGAUGGUCUGAGGAAAGCAGCUAGCAAAUGCGCAAGGUGCAUAUGA